GGUGAAAUGAGAGGAGGCGUUUCGAUCGCUUGGCUCCACCUUGGCGUGCAGCGCGGGCCAACCCGAACUGUCGGAGGGAGGGGGCGUGGCUUGGAGUUCCCGCCCCCGUCCUGGGGUUUACGGUUUGCAGGGGGGCGCUGGUCUCAAGACCCGGCCACCAGCAGUCCGGUCUCCGGCUAGGGCGGGGCCCCUCGAAGCUGGCACCAUGGAGCGCCCUCCCGGAGACGGCUCCGGCCCCAGCCCCGCCGACCAGCCCUCGGCUCCCUCCGACCCUCCGGACCUGCCCCCCUCGGCUCGCACAGAGCCGGAGCCCACUUCUGAAGACCAGCCUGCCGGCCCCAGCGCGGCGGGGGAGGCCCUGACGGUGUUGGCUUCCUUCGGGAGGCGGUUGCUGGUGCUGGUGCCCGUGUACCUGGCCGGGGCAGCAGGACUCAGCGUGGGUUUCGUGCUCUUUGGCCUCGCCCUCUACCUGGGCUGGCGCCGGGUUCGAGACGCGAAAGAACGGAGUCUCCGCGCGGCGCGGCUGCUGCUGGACGACGAGGAGCGGCUGACGGCGAAAACACUUUAUCUGAGCCAGCGCGAGCUGCCUGCCUGGGUUAGCUUCCCGGAUGUGGAGAAGGCUGAGUGGCUGAAUAAGAUUGUGGCCCAGGUGUGGCCCUUCGUGGGCCAGUAUUUGGAGAAGCUUUUGGCUGAAACCGUGGCACCUGCUGUUCGAGGAUCUAACCCCCAUCUGCAGACAUUUACAUUUACAAGAGUGGAGCUGGGUGAAAAGCCCUUGCGGAUCCUAGGGGUCAAGGUUCACACAGGUCAGAGCAAAAAACAGAUCCUGCUGGACUUGAACAUCAGCUAUGUCGGUGAUAUCCAGAUUGAUGUGGAAGUGAAGAAAUAUUUCUGCAAAGCGGGACUUAAGGGCAUGCAGCUACAUGGGGUGUUGCGGGUGAUUCUUGAGCCACUCAUUGGGGACGUUCCUAUUGUGGGAGCCGUGUCCAUGUUCUUUAUCAGACGCCCGAGUCUCGACAUCAACUGGACAGGGAUGACCAACUUGCUAGAUAUCCCAGGACUCAGCUCCCUCUCUGACACCAUGAUCAUGGACUCCAUCGCUGCCUUCCUUGUGUUGCCCAACCGAUUAUUGGUGCCUCUUGUGCCCGACCUUCAAGAUGUGGCCCAGUUACGUUCCCCUCUUCCCAGGGGCAUUAUCCGGAUUCACUUGCUAGCUGCUCAAGGGCUGAGUUCCAAGGACAAGUACGUGAAGGGCCUGAUCGAGGGCAAGUCCGACCCCUACGCCAUUGUGCGAGUAGGCACCCAGACAUUCUGCAGCCGUGUCAUCGAUGAGGAUCUUAACCCUCAGUGGGGAGAGACAUAUGAGGUGAUAGUCCAUGAGGUCCCCGGGCAGGAGAUUGAGGUGGAGGUGUUUGACAAAGACCCGGACAAAGACGACUUUCUUGGCAGAAUGAAGCUGGAUGUUGGGAAGGUGUUAGAGGCUGGAGUUCUGGAUGACUGGUUUCCUCUCCAGGGUGGGCAAGGCCAAGUUCACCUAAGGCUAGAAUGGCUGUCGCUUUUGCCCAGUGCAGAGAAAUUGGAGCAGGUUCUCCAGUGGAAUCGUGGCGUCUCCUCCCGACCCGAGCCCCCGUCAGCUGCCAUCUUAGUUGUCUAUCUGGACAGAGCCCAGGAUCUUCCUCUGAAGAAGGGGAGCAAGGAACCCAAUCCCAUGGUGCAGCUGUCGGUUCAGGAUGUGACCCGGGAGAGCAAGGCUGUGUACAAUACCAGCAGCCCAGUGUGGGAGGAGGCCUUCCGGUUCUUCCUGCAGGACCCUCAAAGCCAGGAGCUUGAUGUCCAGGUGAAGGAUGACUCCAGGGCUCUGACUUUAGGGUCACUGACCCUGCCCCUGGCUCGCCUGCUGACCGCCCCAGAACUCACCCUGGACCAGUGGUUCCAGCUCAGCAGCUCUGGCCCAAACUCCAGGCUUUACAUGAAGCUGGUCAUGAGGGUCCUGUACUUAGAUUCCUCUGAAGUUCAUUUCCCCACUGCGCCUGGAGCUGCUGGUGCCGGGGACCUGGACAGCCAGAGUUCGCAGAUAGGCAGCAGUGUGGAUGCGCCACCUCGACCCUGCCACACUACCCCUGACACUAGCUUUGGAACCGAGAACGUGCUCCGGAUCCACGUCUUAGAGGCCCAGGACCUGAUUGCUAAAGACCGUUUCUUGGGGGGUUUGGUGAAGGGCAAGUCAGACCCCUACGUUAAACUGAAGCUGGCCGGACGAAGCUUCCGGAGCCGUGUCGUUCGGGAAGAUCUCAACCCCCGCUGGAAUGAGGUUUUUGAGGUGAUCGUCACAUCGAUCCCAGGCCAAGAACUCGAGGUGGAGGUUUUUGAUAAGGACCUGGACAAAGAUGACUUUCUGGGCAGGUGUAAAGUGAGUCUCACCGCGGUUCUAAACAGCGGCUUCCUUGAUGAGUGGCUGACCCUGGAGGAUGUGCCAUCAGGCCGCUUGCACUUGCGCCUGGAGCGUCUGACCCCUCGGCCCACUGCGGCUGAGUUAGAGGAGGUGCUGCAGGUGAACAGUCUGAUCCAGACGCAGAAGAGCGCGGAGCUUUCGGCGGCGCUGCUGUCCGUGUACCUGGAGCGCGCUGAAGGCCUGCCGCUCCGGAAAGGUACCAAGCCUCCCAACUCUUACGCUACUCUCACUGUGGGAGACACGGCUCAUAAAACCAAGACCGUUUCCCAGACUGCAACGCCCAUCUGGGACGAGAGCGCCUCUUUCCUCAUCAGGAAACCGAACUCCGAGAACCUGGAGUUGCAGGUCCGGGGCGAGGGGUCUGGGACGCUGGGCUCGCUCACGCUGCCCCUCGCAGAAGUCCUCGCGGCUGACCAGCUCUGCCUGGACCGCUGGUUCACGCUCAGCAGUGGGCAAGGGCAGGUGCUGCUGAGGGCACAGCUGGGGAUCCUGGUUUCCCAGCACUCGGGCGUGGAGGCCCACAGUCACACCUUCAGCCACAGCUCGUCGUCUCUGAGCGAAGAGCCGGAGCUCUGGGGCCCCCUGUCUCACCCCACCGCCUCCACCCCGGAGCUCCGCCAGCGCCUCGCACACAGUGACAGCCCCCAAGAUGCUCCGGCGGGGCCCCUGGGCCAGGUGAAGCUGACCGUGUGGUACUACAGCGAGGAGCGGAAGCUGGUGGGCAUCGUUCACGGCUGCCGCGCCCUGCGACAGAACGGACGGGACCUCCCGGACCCCUACGUGUCACUCUUACUGCUGCCAGACAAGAACCGGGGCACCAAGAGGAAGACCUCCCAGAAGAAGAGGACCCUCAACCCUGACUUCAGCGAGCGGUUUGAGUGGGAGCUGGCCCUGGACGAGGCGCUGCGGAGGAAGCUGGACGUGUCCGUGAAGUCCAACUCCUCCUUCAUGUCACGAGAGCGGGAAGUGCUGGGGAAGGUGCAGCUGGACCUGGCCGAGAUAGACCUUUCCCAGGGAGCUGCCCAGUGGUAUGACCUCCUGGAUGACAAGGGCAGCGCCUAGGCGCAGGGCGCCUGCCUGACUGUCUUCUGGCCUCACCUCUCGCUGCAUCACCGCCUCAAUGUGAUGAACCUCCAGCUUGGGCCAGGGGCAGAGCCUGCGGUGCUCAGCCCUCUCACCUCCCAGGCCCCGGUGCGGGCCUUUGCCUACCAAAGAGGAGGCCCGGCGUUCUCCUUCAAUGCACGGCCUUUGUCCUGAGGCAGGAACCUGAGCUGGCUGUUUCCUGCUCUGCCUACACAGCGUCUUCCGUCCGGACUCCUCAGGGCCUUCUGCACCUGUGCCUGCCACUGACCGCACCAUCAGUGGCGUUAGCUUAUGCCAAAUACAGCUUUUGGAAAGGUCUUUUUUUUUUCCUUUCUUUCUUUCUUGAGGUGCUGGGGAUCGAACCCAGCGCCCCACGCAUACAAGGCAUCUAUGCUCUAACACUGAGCUAUGAUCCCCCGCCCCAAGACCUUCCUUUCACUGGGGAAACCACCUUCUUCCCUGCCAUGAACAGUGUUUAUGGGGUGCACAGAAGGGCGGGAAGGUGGGGAGACCAGCCUCAAGCUGGGAGCAUCUUUGGCGAUUGCAUGUACCAGAGGCUCCCGGGCACUCCGUCCAUUUCUCUCCCCACUUUCCUCGAGUCUGUCCUGAAAAUGAUACCUGGUAACCGGAACACUUGGAUUCCGUCCAGGCCUUCAGUUUGCAGUCAUCCAUCAGUCUUGGCGCUUCUGAGUGGUGCCGUGCAGAGCACUGUAAAGUACUGAGGACAGCUGGGCCGUAUUUUGACCAGGUGCCAGGAUGUUGACACACUGACCGGAAUUGAGUUGGCUUGUGCAUCGACUCUGUCAUUCCACUGUGUCUUAUAUUAAACAUCAUAAUCAAACCAGCUGCGUCU